UAGGUCAAUGAACAAAUUUUGCUUUUCAAAAAGUGUUUCAAGUGUAAAGUUUAUUUAGUGAAUAGCUCUACCUAAAAUAUUUUGAUCAUUUCCUAUAUUUUUUAUAUUGUGUUACAUUGAUAUCAACCAUUCAUUCAUUUCCUAAUAAUGGUCUGCCAUAAUAUUGUAAUGAAAGUAUGUUGUAGUUAUUGUGAUCAACUUUCAAGUAAUCUUCUAUUAUAGUUUGUUUUGAUAAUUAUUAUUUAUGUGAUAAACACAACUGUCUUCUUAAAAAAGAAAUAGAAUGAAUAUGCAAGGAGGAGUAUUCCAAUGUUCAGAUGGACCUCCUUCUGAGGGCACUUCUGAAGGAAACCCACAGUCUAGGAAUCCUUUAAUUUGUUUUGUUUGCGAUGAUUAUUAUUCAGAGCCUUGUUUGUUGUCUUGCUAUCACACGUUUUGUGCCCGAUGCCUAAGAGGAAGGUCUGUUGACAACAAGAUUAGCUGCCCAUUUUGCGGGCAUCACACCAUCCUGAAGGAUGGAUCGGCGGUGCCUCCCUCGGAUCUGCUGAUGCGGCAGCUGAUCGAGAUCGCCAACGCUGAGAAUCCGCCCUGUGCCAACUGUGAUAAGCGAGACCGCGCUUCCAUGUAUUUCUGCAGCACUUGUGUUCUCGAAAGCAUGAUCUUGAUGAUGAUGAAUGGUACCUGAUGGAUAUCUACAAAUAUCGCAUGAUAAUGAUUUUAUUUUGGGCAAGCAUUAUGCACACAUUGCAGGGAGAAUACACAUCGUGCAAAAAUGUUCUCUACCCAUGACAUUGUACAUAUGUCCAAAUGCUCAAAGGAUGUCCAUCGCAGGUGCCCUGUACAUGGCGAACAAUACAUAAUGUUCUCGAAUUCGCAACGCAACAUGCUGUGUGUGAACUGCUUUCGGGACACGCCGACCGAAGCGAGGUCGCACUGCGUCGACAUCGACACCGCCUACACACAGGGCACCAAGAAGUUGGACCGCGCCAUUUCGAAUGUUCAAGAGGCUCAAAACACAGUGAGAGAGGGAGUGAUGUCUUACCGAAGCCUUCUGGAAGAACUGCGUCGAAAUACCGACACUGAGAAAAUGACAAUUCAUUCAUUCUGCCAAGGAAUGCAGGAAGCUAUCAAUAAGACGCAAUCAUCAAUGGUUUUGGAAGUUCAAAGGCCUAUGCAAUCAAGCCAAAUUCGAACUAACUAUCGUUCUGAGUUCGCCCACAGUCUUGAGCCGUGGAUUGGAAAAUUAACAGCUUCUAAUCCGGAUGCAAGGAUGUUUGAUGGUUCGUCGCAAGGCCCUCAAGCCAGCCAACAGCAGCAGCAGCAGCAGCAGCCGGCCCCCGGACAGGGGACAGUGACCCCCCUUCACCCCGCCCCCUCCAGGAAGCAGCACUCGGCGCUCAAGGCCAAAGCCCUCGAAGGCGAAGGCCCCUUCUCCAACCACUGUCGCAGCUUCGACACGCAAAUCAAAGAGAUGGGAGUGCAACUGGGGAAUGUUCGCGAACGGCUGUGCGAACUGCAACGGGACAUCACACUGCUGCGUCGCGCAGCCACGCCCCCCCUUGCCAAGCGCCACCUCACCAUCGCCAAGGACUGCGAGCGUCUCGACGACACUCUGCAACACUACCACGUCGAGCUCGACCGAUUGCGCUCCGUCUUCAACACGCUCUGGCAGGAACAGCUCUAUCGCAUCCACGUCGAACAGGACAUAUUCCAGACACAGAUGAAUGACAUUGUGAGUUUGCGAUCGGAAGUGAAGCAAUUAGCAAUGGCCGCCCAGCAGUUGGAGCCUUAUGUUCGAUCACUGUCGUCUCAAACGAAUCUCGACGAAAUGGCCAAUCUGCAGACUUUGAUUGACAGGAUAACAACUCUUCAAAAUCAACAUUAUCAAGCUGAGCAGGCUGCUCAAAAACAGGGAGGAUUCAGAAGCCAAAUGACGUCACCCACAGCCGUAGAAAAUGGCUUACAUCUUAAAGGAGAAAUGCCGGUGAGAGAGCCGUCGAAGAUUCGAGCCACCAAGGAAGGUACGAUCAUGGAUGGUGGUGGGGAGAGGGGCCCCUCAUCGGGCAUCUACAGUCGCACCCCUCCUGGCGGCUCGUCAGCCGAGGGUCGGUCGCGCGGAGUCAUCAGUCAGCUCAUCGAAAAGGUUCGCACAAAGGAAGAACGUAAGAAGUCUCCUGUGUCUGAGGAUGUGCGCAGCUCUUCUUUAAUGAGGGAAAGAAGCAAAUCCGAAGGCAGAAGCAAAGAAAUGCUGCUUGGCGAUGGCUCAAGGCCUAAAUUAGUGACUCCAAGUAAAAGCGAUGGCUACCGGAUCAUGAGUGGCGGCGGGGGUGGUGGGGGUAGUGGAGUGGGAGGAGGUGGAGGAGGAGGAGGAGGUAGUGGCGGUGGUAGUAAGCGGUCAUCGCUGUAUCACACGAUCAGUGGCAAAGUGCUCGGAACUAGAGAAUCGGUAUGCAACGACCUGGCAGCGUCGCUGGCUCUAGACAUUCCACCGCCUCCCCCCGCCAGGCGACCCGCCUCCGACACAGAUGCUCAGCAACAGCAGAUUCUCAUGGAUCAAAGACGAAAAAAGCAGUUGCAGCAGGCAGUCACUGCUCAGCAGCGCGAGGCAUCAGCUGCUGUCAUCGGCCAACAGCUAAGAGAACAUUUGGAGAACCAUUUGAAGCAGAAAUUGAAGAUGAAGAACAGAGAAGCUAGCCGCAGCAAGGAUUCACUGCAUUACCAAGGUGGGGACGAGGACGAAUGCAACUAUCAGCACAUUUCGGAGGCGACGAGCUGUGUGGGUGUGGAGGGGGGUGGUGGAGGGGGCUCAGGGUCACUCAUGAUCCGGGCUCUGGUGCAUCCUACUCCUCCCUCCCCGCCUCCCCACCACCGAGCAAGGCCCGUCUAUCCCCACUCCGACACAGAAGACUCUGUAUUCUACUCUGAUACACCUUCUGGGAGAAGGAGGCGUUCGGUAGAUCUGAUGGACAGGAGAAAAACGCUGGUGGUGCUGAUCAACUCUGGCAAGAGCAAGUCACGCAUGAUGCAGAAGCAGCGGUCGUGGGAGACGUUUCCGCCCAAGAAGCGGGGCGGCGGUAACGGAAGCGGAGGUGGCGGAAGCGGAAGCGGCCAGGACAAUGGCACCAAGUUCUGCCGCGACCCGGACUCGUUUCGCGGCGGAUUCGACCUGGCCGGACUCAAGAAGGCCGACAGCUUUGAAGGCCAUGAGGAGGCCGUGAGGACGCUGGUCGCUGCCGUGCAGGAGACGCGCACUCUGCGCAAGCCUAAGUCACCCGCCCCCUCCACUCCUGCCGAUUGAAGCAAUCACUAAGCACCAUCAUUCGACCGAGAUGAUUUGUUGAGAUUUUUCAUUAAUGGGGGGAUUCAUCUCGCCAAACGCUCCCCAAUGUUUGAGGUAACCACAUAAGGUUCUAGUGAACUUGAAACUUUGAGGAGUCAGUGAUCCAAACGCUCCUCAAUAUUUGAGGAAACCACUUCAGGCUCUAAUGAACUUGAAACUUUAACUAGUCAGUGAUCCAACAAAUUAUCAUUCUCAAAAUCCCCCAAGAAUCCUCGAAAUCUCAACAAAUUAUCUUGCUAUUAAUAGUAUUUUGUCUGGCCUAAAUUGGAGAUCUCAAUUAUGUUGAUAUUGCAGAAGAGGACGAAACCCUACCCGUUAGAUAUUACCUUGAGAAUAAUAUUGAUGGAAAGACUGAUUUUACUUCGUUUAUACACUUUUUUGAUCGAUCUUUGACAUGUGCACAUUAUCGGCUCUCAAAGUUUUGGAAAGUAUUUGUAUCCUCACAUCGUUAUGAUGUUAUUUACCAGAACCCAUGAAAUUACAGGAUGCUCCACUGAUUUGGAGUAGCCUUUCAUUUCAGUAGGCUUUCGAGUAUUUCUUCCAUCAUUUCCUUGUUAUUAUGGGAUAUUAUUUCAUAUUUGAUGUUACUAUUGCUGUGUGAGGGUUUUAUUCACUUAAUUGCUUAUCAAUUAAUUUCUCGAAUUGUCAUCCUUCCAUAGAAUAACAGUUCCUUUUUAUAUUGCCGCUUAAUUCCUCUGAUAUUUUUUGGGUUGGAAAUUUUAUAGUCUCUUUUUAUUUUUAUUGGAAAGUUUGAUGUAUUUUUUCAUGAAUUUUAUUGCAUUUUGUUGACCAUAAUUCGUGUUUUACUCUGAUUGACGGGAGCCGAUUUCUGCUGAAUUUAUUUAUGAAAUUAGUAUUAUUUCUUCGACAAUGCCUUUCAAUUUGAUACUUUAUUGUGUGCUUUCUAAUUCUGAUCAUAAUUCAAUCAUGGUCGUUUUAUCCGUGAAUUUGAUUUUGAUCAAAUUAUGAUCUGAGUCUGUGCAGUCAGUGUAUCUUAGUAGAUUCACAUCCUGAAUUUCGUCAUGGAAGCAGGUUGAUCCAUGCAAUCUGCAGAGCUCAAUCAACCAUUCAUUCUUCAUUCCUAAUAAUUUCUGAAUUCCUCAUUCCCUAAUAAUACUCUUUUGCCUACCAAACUCUCUACUCUUAUUGAUUCUUACUUGAAAUAGUGUUGCAGCGUUUUUGCAACGACGUUUUGUUGUAGCUACAAUUGUGUUUGCAAAUAAAUAUUCGAUUUUGGAAGAUAAUGUUUCGGUUAUAAUCAACUCUCUUUGAAACUUGAGGCUAAUCAAUCGGUUUAAUAGAAGAGCUUAUUAAUUAUAAUUGAUGGAAUCUAUACAAUUGACUCUAGGAAUGCGAUUGUUGAUAAAUAAUAUCAUCCAUCGUACUUCAGAAGUUUAUGAGGAAUAUAUUGACUAUUUUCAGACCGGUUUGGAAAGAUAUACAACAAUUGUAAUUGCAUAGUGUAUUCUUUCCAAUUGGUUUUAUACUUUUAGAAUUACAGUGUAUCUAUAAUUGGUGUUGCUUAAAAUACAUAAUAUAUUUGCAACAUGAAUUUCUUCAACAUACUAUAAAAUGUAACUGCGAUAAAUGUGGUUGUUAAUCCUUGAUUGGUUAGAUAAAUGAAAUAGUUUGAAAUAUUGUUAUUGUAUGUUAAAAUAAAAAUUCAGUAUUAUGUUGCUAACAAAGUGAUUAUGUCUAUUCUGACAAUAUAUUAAUUGAAAACUCAUUUCAAUUGCUAGUCAAUUAUUUUUUUGAUGAAUUAUUAUAGCAAAGUUUAUGCUGUAUACUUGUAUUUUUUAAGCCUUCCUUCAAGUAAGGCUGCAUUUGAUGCAACGAUUUCAUUUAUUUUUUCUAAAUAUAAAAUAUCUUUAAAAUGGUACUCACUCUUAUAUGACAAGAUUCCAUAAUAUACAUUCUAGAUAUUACUACAUACUUGCAAUAUGAAGUGGCUUUUGUCUGGAACACCAAUGGGAGGCAGUGGAUUAAAUACUGUAAUAAUUUGUAUACUGUAUUAUCGAUACGUGUUCUAAGUAUUGUGAAAUACUAGGAUUAUCAAUACUUUGCUCCAGAGAUUGCUGUUUGAAAUCAAUUCAAGUCGUCAAUUGAUCAUCAUACUUGAUUGGAAUAUACAGUGAAUCUUAUCUAUUUAAACUGAACAAUUUUAGAAUAAGUUAGUUAAAGGUGUUAUACAGUAUAUUAUAUGAUAUUACUAUAUUUAAAUAUAGCUUUAUGAUGAGGGUGUAAUAUUAUAAUGUCGAUAACAAUAAUAAUAAAGAAGAGCAGAAUCAUAACUUCAAAGUAUUAUACAUGAUACAGAUAAUAAUUGAUCUUUAUAAUAUUGAAUCGUAGGGAAAUUUGUAGAAUAGAUUAGUAGCUAGUGUUUGAAAGACAUGAUUUUAGUAGUUGAAAACUGUGAAGGAUAUUGUAGAGCAGGUCAGAUGUUCUCAAAAUUCAUUAUUAAUUGGCUUUGUGCCAAAUUUUCAAUUUGUUUCUCACUGCCAAGUAACGUAAAUAAUAUUGAAUAUUGUAUGUAAUCAAUAGUAUAAUGAUGUUUUGAGUGCAGCUUAAGUUGAUGAGUGGCAGUAUUGAUCUGACGUUUACUGUGAACAUUUCUCUUUUGGGUUUGUUCUUGUAAGUUACUAAUUGAAGUGUCGGUCAGCAGUUCAGAAUAUCAAGUUUUUGUGAUCUUGCAUUACCGUAAUUCAUGAUGUUGUCUCUCACGGGUUUUCAUCUUGAUACUUUGCUAAAAUUUGACUUGUAAAUUCUUGACACUUUCGUCAUUAGUAGAUAAAUCUCUCAUAUGUCUCCCAUCUUAACCACACCAAGCUGGCUAUUGCAACGAAUCUACAUACUCAAUUACUUUCUUUGAAAAUUCUAUAUCAUAUUAAUUUGAAUCUUCUUAUCAACCCUACCUUAGGAAGUUCAGAACAUUUUCUUAUGAAUGCAUAUUAUGCUACAUGAAAUGUGCAGAACUUAUGUAGAACAGACAAAAAAUCUAACUAGUAGUUCUAUUGUUUUCAUUAUCUUGCUGAUAGAUACAAUAAUAUUAAUAUCUUAUCUAUCAAUAUCAUCAUUAUUAAUUACUUAUUAAACUGCAGUAAAUUAUUACCAAAAAAAUUGCCAACUCUUUUAGCGUAUUAACACAAAAUGAAUUAAUGACUAUUUUCCUCUUGAUAAUGUGGAGCCAUUAAUGUUUUUGAUAACUGAAAUCGGAAUCUC